GGCGGCUCCGGGGCCGGCAGCAGCACGCCCGAGGCCCCUCCGGGGACCCUGGCCCUGCUGCCGGACGAGGGCAGCAAGCAGCUGCCGCAGGCCAUCAUCAUCGGCGUGAAGAAGGGCGGCACGCGGGCGCUGCUCGAGUUCCUGCGCGUGCACCCCGACGUGCGCGCCGUGGGCGCCGAGCCCCACUUCUUCGACCGCAGCUACGACAGGGGCCUCGCCUGGUACCGGGACCUGAUGCCGCGGACCCUGGACGGGCAGAUCACCAUGGAGAAGACGCCCAGCUACUUUGUGACGCGCGAGGCGCCCGCGCGCAUCUCGGCCAUGUCCAAGGACACCAAGCUGAUCGUGGUGGUGCGGGACCCGGUGACCCGGGCCAUCUCGGACUACACGCAGACGCUGUCCAAGCGGCCCGACAUCCCCACCUUCGAGAGCCUGACGUUCAAAAACCGCACGGCGGGCCUCAUCGACACGUCGUGGAGCGCCAUCCAGAUCGGCAUCUACGCCAAGCACCUGGAGCACUGGCUGCGCCACUUCCCCAUCGGCCAGAUGCUCUUCGUGAGCGGCGAGCGGCUCAUCAGCGACCCGGCCGGCGAGCUGGGCCGCGUGCAGGACUUCCUGGGCCUCAAGAGGAUCAUCACCGACAAGCACUUCUACUUCAACAAGACCAAGGGCUUCCCCUGCCUCAAGAAGGCCGAGGGCAGCGGCAAGCCCCACUGCCUGGGCAAGACCAAGGGCAGGCCCCACCCGGAGAUCGACCGCGAUGUGGUGCGCCGGCUGCGCGACUUCUACCGGCCGUUCAACUUGAAGUUCUACCAGAUGACCGGCCAGGACUUCGGCUGGGAUGGAUGACGAUGUAAUUUAAAAAGAAAAAGAAAAAAAUAUCAAAAUAUAAUAUAUUUUUGUACCAAUCGGUAGAGAAGAAGGCAGUCUAAUAUUUGUGCUGAAAAUACUUGUUUUGGUGUUUUUUCUUUUUUCCCAAUGAAUGUUAAAAGAGGUUCUCGCUUCCGCCCCCAUCUCGCCUUCCAAAUGCCAACAUUUGGAGCAACAGAAAAGGAAAACCUCACUGGUCUAAAUACUUGCAAUUUUCUACUUUUAUUUUAUGGGUUCUAUACACAAUUAUAAACCAUGAGCAUUGGUUGCCAUUAAAACUUUGAGGAAAAUCCUGAGGGUAAAUCAAUCUGUUUCUGUCCCCACCUCUCUGUCUCUUGUCUGUCCUUUCACAAGUCCCAGAUAAAAUGAUCCCUCCUUAUGUUUCCUCCCCUGGAAUGUUUUUCCCGCCUUGCGCCACUUUUUAAAAAGCAGUUCCCAGUUAAUAAACCUCCCAUGUUUGCAUACCACUGCCCAGUUUCCAUAGAACUUGUGAAUAAAGCACCUUUUCCCAUCGUUACGUGAAUGUGGGGUAAGCAUAUAGCACAUAGAGAUUAUGAUUCCCAUUUUACAGAUAAGGCAACUGAGUCUCAGGGACGUUAAAUGACUUACUGUAAGGCUGGACAGUGGACCUUGGGCAAAACCCCAUCUUCUCCUUGUUCCCUAUAUCCUGCCACUUUUUCCAGAGAGAACGGGAAAUAAGGCAUCUCUACUUCUAGAAACGGUUAGCUAGUUUGGGAAUGAUCAGAGGUAGGACAGAGAGGGUGUCCUAUUGCCUUCUAAAGUUCCAGGCUGCUUUGUGACAGUCACAAUGAGUCACCUAAGUUCCAGGACAGCACUCAGACAUGGACACAAUAUCCUUUAAGAGCCAGUCUUGGCUUGUUGAAAUACCCUGAAACACCAGUCUUGGUUUGGUUGACGUUGACUGAAAUUAUUGGAUUCGUUUCUGGAAAACCAGAUGGAUAAUCACACUAGGAACAGGGGGAAAAAAUGGUAGGAGCGUAAAUUACCUAUUUGUGGUUUUCAUGGUCCUUUUUUUUUUUUUUUAAGGAAGAACCCACUUCAGCAAGAGAUUAUGAGUAUGAAUCUCCUUUUUUGUUAUCGCCUUUUUUUAAAACAAAGAAAACCUGUUUCUCUUUGUAAUAUGUCAUUGCUAAUCUUGGAGCUAAUAGUAAAAACAAUCAAUAAAUGUCAUUAUUUUUCACAGGUGGAAGACUGUCACCGUCACUUUCUUUCUUCCCCCACUUUCUAUUUGUACCAAGGAUAACCAAAUAAUCAUUAAUAUUUGGAAAAUAUUCUAAGAAAUAUAGAUGUGAGCAAAAUGGCAGUUUUUCUUCUUUUCCCAUCUAUUUCUCUCCUCCCCCUCCCUUUAAAUAGCUCAAAUAAAUCAAUAGUUUAUUAAGAGUA